GCCACCGCUUGGCCCCGUCGCCCGCCUCCCACCUCUCACUCAUGCACAUCGUUUCGAAUCUACCGCAGUGAUUGAAACAUCCGAUCAUAUAAACUAGAACGAGACGCGAGUGACAAACUUGUUGUUUAAUAAAUAUUUAUUAGUGAAAAAUGUCUGAGAAAAAGUAUAUUUUAGGAAUGGAUAUUGGCACUACUUCAGUUAAAGUAUGUGUCUACAAUCCCCUUACUAAUGAAAUUGUGGCUAAACAGAAUAAGGAUACUGCAGCAAAUAUUCCCAGUGAUCAAGGAAUAGAAGACAACAAGCAGGAUGUUCCAAAAAUAGUAUCUGCAGUACACUACUGUGUAUCACGACUACCUCGAGAUGUUUUACGGCACGUCAAGAAAAUUGGAGUUUGCGGUCAAAUGCACGGCGUUGUUUUAUGGAAAAAUAGAGCAUGGGAAAAAGUAGAAAAAGAUGGUAUUGUUAUUCGCUAUGAAGGCGUCAGAGAACAAAUGUCAGCAUUGUAUACUUGGCAAGAUACAAGAUGCAAGCCAGAAUUUUUAGAAACAUUACCAAAGCCCGACUCACAUUUACAAUGUUACUCUGGUUAUGGGUGUGCUACUCUCUUAUGGAUGCUUAAAUAUAAACCAGGAAAAUUAAAGAAUUUUACUUGUUCUGCAACUGUACAAGAUUUUGUAGUAGCUAUGCUCUGCGAUCUAGACUAUCCAAUAACAUCAGACCAAAAUGCAGCUAGCUGGGGCUAUUUCAACACAGAGAGAAAUGAAUGGAAUACUGAUAUAUUGAAAUCAAUUGAUUUUCCAGUAAACUUAUUACCAAAAGUUAUGAAGAGUGGGGAAAUUGCAGGAACAUUAAGUAGUUCUUGGAAUGGAAUCCCUGAAGGCACUCCAGUAGGUGCAGCCAUGGGAGAUCUCCAGUGUUCUAUACUCGCCACUCUUGAGAAUAAGCAAGAUGCUGUGUUAAAUAUAUCUACUUCAGCUCAACUUGCUAUAGUAGCUGACAGCAUUAGUGAUUUAGGUUGUAAAACUAUUGAACAUCUGCCAUAUUUUAACAACACUUAUUUAGCUGUUGCUGCAUCACUUAAUGGAGGGAAUGCAUUGGCUACAUUUGUAAAAAUGCUGCAACAAUGGAUGCUUGAAUUAGGAUUUCCAAUACCUCAGUCGAAGGUGUGGGAAAAACUUAUAGCUCUUGGAUUAGAUGCACCUGAAGGCACAAACAUGAAAAUAAGCCCAUUAUUAUUGGGUGAAAGGCAUGCACCUACAACAAAAGCUUCUGUGGAAAAUAUCGAUCUUUCAAAUAUACAGUUGGGUCAUGUGUUUAGAUCUUUGUGUGAUAGUUUAAUAGAUAAUAUACACAAUAUGAUGCCAAAAGAAAUUUUAUUAAAUGCAAACAUAAAAAGAAUAGUCGGGAAUGGUUCUGGUCUAUCCAGGAAUGCUGUAUUGCAGAGAGCCGUCGAACAUUAUUACAGCUUGCCAUUAGAAUUUACAUCUGGCGGAGAUGCAGCAAAGGGGGCAGCUAAGGCUGUUGUAAAAGCUACAAACUGUUUUUAAUGACUUGUUAUAAUUUGAAUUUUAAUAAAGUAGUCAUGAAACAAAA